CUCUGGGAUAAAUAUAAAAAAAAGGUUAUACAAAUCCUGAAUAUUUUUCGAGAUGGUCCAACGUUGAAUUUGCGGCAAUCCGAAUGUAGAUACUAUUCAUUUUCCGAUCGAGUAGUUGAUUUGUUAGAAGUAAAUGCCAAUAUUCAUGUUAUCGCCAUUGGACUAAAGCUGUAUAAUUGACAAGCAUAAUCUUGCAUUUAUACUCAGGUCAUGUAAUUCAUAGAUGAACAUUGUUCGUUUUUAUUAAAAUUUCAAUUAGUGAGCUUAGGAACUUAUUGGCGAAAGUAAUGCUAAGUUUUGAAAUGCUAUAUUUAUGACAUCCCACAUCUUCAUUCAAAUAGUCUAUGGUUUGCUGUCAUUAUUUUCGCGCACUGUCUACGAUCAAAAUUAUUAUCAAAUUCGAAAUUUUGUGUACAUAACUUUUGAGAAUACAUAUUAGAAGAUAUGCAGUUUAAAUGGAACAAUAAAAAUACCACACAUUUUUUACGUUUAUACCGAAAAUAUCGAUGCCUUUGGAAUCAAUAUGACGCGGAAUACCUAAAUUGCAAUGUUAAACAUAAAGCUUUCACUGACAUCAUUGAAGAAUUAAAUAUGCCAGGAUUGUCCAUAGCAGACUGUAUUCGUCAACUUAAACUCAUAGGCGAGAAAUGGAAACGCGAACAUCUUCAUAGUAUUCAAUGCUCGAGAAAAGGAAUAAUACAUAAAUCGGAAAUCCCCUGGUAUCCACUGGUUACGGAAAUGUGGGAGGAAGCAAUUCAUGAAGAAGAAAAAUCCAGGAGUUCAUUAAUUGCAGAGAAAGGUCCAUCGUGUAAACAACACAAGGACUACUUUAAAGCCAUAGCACGUUCGGACACAGCAGUUGCACAGAAACGAAAGAAAAAGGGUGACCGACAAACAAGAUUCAAACAUCGCACGGGUCCAGAUAUUAAUUCACAAAUGCAAUUCGUUCCGUGCACAAAUGCUGUACUUCAUGACAAGCAAAGUUACAAUGAGAGGAAAAAGUUACAAAAGAAAUCGGAAUCCUCACCCGUUAUGUCCGAUAUUACCCCAUGUGAUAGCAUUUCAGUUGCGUGCACAAAGGAAAGAGCCAUGCCUAAAAACAGCAACGAUAACAAUAUUAUUACUAAAGAAUAUAAUAUUCGAAAUACAAACGACAGAGUAAAGAGUCCAAUUCAAUAUUCUGUGUGUCCUCCUUGUCCUUGGAAAAAAUUGGAUCGUGAAUUACCAAAUGGUUAUACAGUUCCUUGUCCAAGUUAUUCCCAACCGCAUUAUGACAAUGUGAACAAACUUUUAUAUAAUCCAAACCAAAAUGAUAUUUCCAAUGAUUUAAAUGAAGCAAUUAUUCCAUGCACGAAUGUCUCCCAAGAAGUAGAAAGGAUAGACGAUCUUAUCGAUCCAUAUUAUUCUCCAGUGUAUACUCAUUGUAAUGGCAACUGCUGUAACGAAUUAGAUACACCACAUGCCAGAGAAAUGGAAAUUAUUAUUCCAAAAAAUAAUUGCAACGAAAAACCCGCGAUUGCCAAAUGUGUCAAAUUGCCAGCUACUGACAUUAUUGAAGAUAAAGAUAAUGAAUGUGAAUGGUACUUGCAAUGUACGAUAGUCAUGCCAGAAAUAAAUCCUACUCAAGAUCUUAAUGGCAAAAGAAUAAAUAAUUGUACGUGCGAAGUUCAAGCGGUGAAUGACGUCAAGCAGCAAGGAACUUCGCCAAAUAAUACGUCAGCCUGUAUAAAAGAAAUGCAGACAGUGAAUGACGUUAAGCAACAAGGGGUUUUAACGAAUAAUGCGAUACUAUGUACAAAAGAAGUUCAGUGUUGUCAGAACAAUGAUAUGCAAAAUGAAUUAUUCAAACAAAAAGAAAUAUCAGCGAAUGAGGAUGAACUGGAAUAUUUAUCGAAAUCAGUGGAAUGUUUUCUUCUAUCUCAUGAAAAAGAGGGUAAACUAGAUCAAAUGGACACAAUCAACACAGACAGAGAUAAAUUAAAAGUUUCCGAAAUUACUCAAGAAAGUUCAACAAGACUGAAGAAUCUACCCCAAUUAAAUGAAAGUACAUUGAAGUUCGAUAAUCAAGCUCAACAAACUGAUAUUCAAAAUGUGUCAAAAUUAGAAGGAUAUUCAGCCGAAAAAUCUAAUAAGUACAACGAUCUCGUACAAGAGGGAACCUCUGUUUUUGAUAUGGAUCAAAACAUCAAGCAAGAGUUAUUAUUUACUAUUGAAGAAGAAGGUAUUUGCGAGGCGUGUAAACCAGCGAGGGAGAGAAAAUUUGACUUGGAUUCCUGGUUUCGCAGAAGAUCUGCUUCGGAAUUAUUUAAUGAUGACUGUUUACCGUGCAGAUUAGAGAGCGAACUUAAUUUUCAAUUAAGUCGACUUACGAAAACUUUUAUCGACGUUAUGGGUUGUACACUUCGACUGGCUGUUAAAGAAGAAUUUGAUAAAAAAGUUAGUUGCGAGUGUUCAUCAGAACGACGCACUGUGACUACACUAACAAAUCUACAAUAUACUGAUCAAGAAGUUAACGCGGUUGACAAUCACCUACGACCAGCAGAUAAAACAGAAUCAGAAAUUCAAGCAGUACCAGAACAUCAAAAUAAAGCAAUUUCGGUAACUCCUACAAGAAAAGAAGUCAAGACAAGUAGUAUUUCUGCAUUGCCAUCGUCUCGCCAUGUUGGUAUUCAAGAAAGUGCGAAAAUCAAGCUUCGCAACGUAAACACUCAGAAAACAGGAAAUAUGGAAAAAGUUGCGAUGAGUGAACCAAUUAACAUUAAAAGCCAUAAGAAAAAGAUUUCGAUUCAGAAACGUGAUUUAAAUUUAAAAGAUGCUGGUCACGUGGAGAAAGACGAGCAGCGUGUAUUAAAAUCAUCGGAAAAUAUUCCGAGGGUCAAUUGUGAAACGAAUGCAAAUACUGAGAGGAAAUCGCAACCUCUGAGCAACAAUAUAUAUAAAAAUAAUUGGAAAGCGUCAGAGAUAUCCAUAAGAGAGAAAUCACGAAUUUUUAAGGAGUGUUGUAACGAAGAAUUAUGGGAAGAUUUUACUUGCGAUGAAAAUUGUAAAGAUAACAAACAGAAUGGGGAUGAUUGUACUAAAUUAUCAAGUAUCAUUUGUGACGAUUAUCCUCAUACUUCUAUGUGCGACGCAUCAUUAUGUACUAUUUUGAAAAAUGUUUUCACACCCAUGUAAGCAAAUUAAGGUUGACAGUUAUUCA